UCUCUCUGACAGCUUCUGUGAGGGGGUCUGGGGAUUUAAGUUGUUCCAAUCUCCUGCUAAGGACAGAGGGUAGGAGAUGAGCUGUUGAGCUACGGGACAGCUUUUAAGGGUGAAUCCGCUGCAAAAAUCAGCUGCAGAAAGAGGGGAUCUGUCCACCAAAGGCUCUGUGUUGACCACAAGAGGUGUGGGGGGAAAAGGAGACUUUCUUAAUCUUACGGACGAGUUAAGCCCUUUGCGGCAAGGGGCUGAGACGCAAGGAUGGAGAACGCACAUACCAAAAGCACAGAGGAAUGCUUAGCCUAUUUUGGAGUCAACGAAACAACGGGUCUAUCUCCCGAACAGGUCAAGAAGAAUUUUGACAAGUUUGGACCCAAUGAGCUGCCAGCUGAAGAGGGAAAAUCCAUUUGGGAACUUGUAGCCGAACAGUUUGAAGACUUGCUGGUCCGAAUCUUGUUAUUGGCGGCCUGUAUAUCAUUUGUCCUUGCCUGGUUUGAAGAGGGUGAAGAGACCGUCACAGCUUUCGUGGAGCCUUUUGUCAUCCUCCUUAUCCUUAUCGCUAAUGCAGUUGUGGGUGUCUGGCAGGAAAGAAAUGCAGAAGAUGCCAUUGAAGCCCUUAAGGAGUAUGAGCCUGAAAUAGCCAAAGUUUACCGUAGUGACAGAAAAUCUGUACAAAGGAUCAAGGCCCGAGAGAUUGUCCCGGGAGACAUUGUAGAGGUGGCAGUUGGUGACAAAGUACCAGCUGACAUCCGUCUCAUCACCAUUAAAUCCACCACUCUGCGUAUUGACCAGUCCAUUCUUACCGGAGAGUCUGUCUCUGUCAUUAAACACACAGAUGUUGUCCCCGACCCCAGAGCUGUCAACCAGGACAAGAAAAACAUGCUUUUCUCUGGUACCAACAUAGGAGCUGGCAAGGCCAUUGGUGUUGUCAUCGCCACUGGACCUAACACUGAGAUUGGUAAAAUCCGUGAUGAGAUGGCCGCCACUGAACAGGAAAAGACCCCUCUGCAGCAGAAACUGGACGAGUUUGGAGAACAGCUGUCCAAGGUUAUUUCUCUUAUCUGUGUCGCUGUCUGGGCAAUCAACAUUGGACACUUUAACGACCCCAUCCAUGGUGGAUCCUGGAUCAAAGGAGCUGUUUACUACUUCAAAAUUGCCGUUGCUUUGGCUGUAGCUGCUAUUCCAGAGGGUCUGCCUGCUGUAAUCACCACUUGCCUUGCUUUGGGUACAAGACGUAUGGCCAAGAAGAAUGCCAUUGUGAGGAGCUUACCCUCUGUUGAGACCCUAGGUUGCACAUCUGUCAUCUGCUCUGACAAGACUGGAACCCUGACAACCAACCAGAUGUCAGUCUGCAGGAUGUUCGUUAUGGAUAAAGUUGAGGGAGAUGUCUGCUCUCUGAAUGAAUUCACCAUCACAGGAUCUACCUACGCACCCGAAGGAGAAGUUAUGAAGAAUGAUAAACCUGUCAAGGCCGGCCAAUACGAUGGGCUGGUGGAAUUGGCCACAAUCUGUGCACUUUGCAAUGACUCUUCCCUCGACUUUAAUGAGUCCAAAGGAGUGUUUGAGAAGGUCGGAGAGGCUACAGAGACUGCAUUGACCACUCUUGUUGAGAAGAUGAAUGUAUUUAACACCGAAGUUAGAAGCUUGUCCAAAGUAGAGCGUGCCAAUGCGUGCAACUCUGUUAUCAAGCAACUGAUGAAGAAGGAGUUUACUCUUGAGUUCUCCCGUGACAGGAAGUCCAUGUCUGUAUUCUGCACCCCAGCUAAAGCUUCCCGUGCAGCAGUUGGCAACAAAAUGUUUGUGAAGGGUGCUCCAGAGGGUGUCAUUGACCGUUGUAACUACGUUCGUGUUGGAACAACUCGUGUCCCUUUCAAUGCUGCCAUCAAGGAGAAGAUUCUGGCUAUAAUCAAGGAAUGGGGUACAGGCAGGGAUACCCUCCGUUGUCUUGCUCUGGCCACAAGGGACACUCCACCAAAGAGAGAAGACAUGGUGCUUGAAGAUGCCACCAAGUUUGCCGACUAUGAGACAGACCUGACCUUUGUUGGCUGCGUGGGAAUGUUGGAUCCCCCCCGUAAGGAGGUUAUGGGCUCAAUCAAACUCUGCCGUGAAGCUGGUAUCCGUGUCAUUAUGAUCACUGGUGACAACAAGGGAACCGCUAUUGCCAUCUGCCGUCGUAUUGGCAUCUUUGGUGAGGAUGAUGAAGUAACUGGACGUGCCUACACUGGACGUGAGUUUGAUGAUCUGCCACCUGCAGAACAGAGAGAGGCCUGUAAACGUGCUUCCUGCUUCGCCAGAGUUGAGCCAUCUCACAAGUCCAAAAUUGUAGAGUUCUUGCAGUCCUUCGAUGAGAUCACAGCUAUGACAGGUGAUGGUGUGAAUGAUGCUCCUGCCCUGAAGAAAGCUGAGAUUGGUAUUGCUAUGGGUUCUGGUACAGCUGUAGCCAAGACAGCCUCAGAGAUGGUCUUGGCUGAUGAUAACUUCUCCACAAUUGUGUCUGCUGUAGAAGAGGGUCGUGCCAUUUACAACAAUAUGAAGCAAUUUAUCCGCUACCUCAUCUCCUCCAAUGUAGGAGAGGUUGUUUGUAUCUUCCUGACUGCUGCUCUUGGUCUGCCUGAAGCUCUGAUCCCCGUACAACUGCUCUGGGUCAACCUGGUCACAGAUGGUCUGCCAGCCACAGCCCUGGGUUUCAACCCCCCUGAUCUGGACAUCAUGGACAGACCACCCCGUAGCCCCAAGGAACCCCUUAUUAGUGGAUGGCUCUUUUUCCGUUACAUGGCCAUUGGAGGUUAUGUUGGUGCUGCCACUGUUGGAGCUGCUGCUUGGUGGUUUAUGUAUGCUGAUGAUGGUCCUGGAGUUACUUUCUACCAGCUGAGCCACUUCAUGCAAUGCAUAGAAGAAAGCCCAGAAUUUGAGGGUUUAGAAUGUGAAAUCUUUGAAUCACCCGUACCUAUGACCAUGGCUCUGUCUGUGCUAGUCACCAUUGAGAUGUGCAAUGCUCUUAACAGUCUAUCAGAAAACCAGUCUCUGAUCAGGAUGCCCCCAUGGGUGAACAUUUGGCUGUUGGGCUCCAUCUGCCUCUCCAUGUCCCUCCACUUCCUUAUCCUCUAUGUAGACCCCCUGCCAAUGAUCUUCAAAUUAACUCCCCUGGACUUUACUAAAUGGUUCGUUGUCCUCAAGAUUUCCUUCCCUGUAAUCCUAUUGGACGAACUGUUGAAAUUCUUUGCCCGUAACUACCUGGAUGAAAAAACACAAUAAAAGCAAUUUUUGCUUUUGACCGAAAUAAAAUUACAUCUCAGCCCAAAUCUCCAUUCAAACUUUUUUUCAGUUUCAAUUUUUUUUUCCUUCCUUAAAAAUCUUCAUUCUUUUUAACACAUCACUGCCAUCCUUAACCCAUUGAUGCCACAAUCCUUCCGGCGAUGAGGGUCCCUGGUUAAAAGGGCAACGGAUUUUUUGGGCUGUUUUUUUUUUUUUGGCUGUUUUUUUUUUUUCUCUGGUUUCCAAGUGCCUUUUAAAUCGUGCUUCCAUUGUUACCCCCUUUUUAUAGCGCUCCCAUCCUUGUAGCAACCCCAAAUUAUUCUGCAGAUAAAAAAAAAACGAUGAAGACAACUUCACGCAGCCGAACGAUCUGGAUGGAAGAAUAUAUUUGCCAGUCUUUCCCCUACCAGCGAAAGCCACGAAGCCGGGGUUUUAUAAAUGCAGCAGUGUUGGUUAUCCUGUCCCUAUCCUCUGAGGGAGAUGCCGCUUGUAGCAAAAAACGGAAGCAAUUAAACCAAAUGAAAACUGUUCUAGCUAUUUAUUAAAAUUAAACAAUAACUUAAAGUCUGA